AGUAGACAGCGCACACUCGACCCACAGGCACAGGCACGAGACACAGGGAACCCGAUAACAUAGGUACCUACCUAUAGGUUAUGCCGAUGCCAAAGGCACGAACAAUAUCGAGGAAUUCCCAAUCCCCUUCCCCUCUUUGCCAGCUCAAUGCCCACGCCGCCGUUCUUGCACUCAUGGCUCUUAGCAAUAUCCCGUGCGCCGAUGUACCUCCUACCUACCUGUUAGCCAACCUUGCCUACCUCGCCUCGUCCCCCGCCUCGCCCUCGCCCCUUCUACCGGAGCGCGCGCUUGCUUUGUUGCCUCUACCCGCCACGGACAUAGAGCUCUCUGCCUACGAGGAAAGUAGUGGAAAUACCUCCCUGCCGUGCGUCAGACGGACAGACGGCUGCCGAGGCAUGAAACGGCACGUGGGACACACACACACAGACACCCCUGUGCCCGUUCCUUUCAUUCCCAUCCAGCCAUCGCUUCAGUUCAUGCUGUGCCCCAGCAGCAUCGCGCUGCCACGUCUCUCUGGCGCCGCCCGUCACUUGGUGUCAUGGCUCUAGAGAGGAAACUCGUUGACACCCUCCCCCCUCCUCCCCCCG